AAUUGGCCCAGCGUCGUUUGCGCUGGUGUGCACACAGCGUUUAGCCGGGGUAGGCAGUCAUUGUAAAUAAGAGUUUGUUCUUAACUGACUUGGUUAGUUAAAUACAGGUUACAUUUUAAUAAAACAAUGUUAUUGUAAAGGCACACAACUGAGAGAGAACACUAUGGAACAAAUGUCACGACCAACCAUUCCCAAACCACCCACAAAAAAAGUACUCAAACGUUAGGACAGUGUAGCCUAGUAGGUAUUGCACCUUGACACAUGAGACAGGUCAGCAAAUCAACAGCAACUUCAAUCAAAAGAUCUGAUGGACAUUUCAAUUCAGUCAUAUUUCUCAAUGACUCAGAGUCAUUGUGGCGCUAAAGAUAUGCACGUCUCCGCAGUUUAGCUCGUGCAAGGAACAGGCGCUGGAUUUGCCGGUUCCUUUUUCCUGGAAUCGGUGUUGCUGAAGUAUCAGAUAGUUGCCCUGUCCUCAGCGUUUGUUUUGGUUGUCAGCUGAAAGAAAGAUGUCUGCAACGGAGGACGACAGUGAGUUGCGGGGUCUUUUGAUCCAAACCUUAGAAAACAAUGGGGUGUUGAAUAAACUAAAGGCAGAAAUGCGCGCUGCUGUCUUCCUGGCCAUGGAUGAACAAGCUAGAGUGGAGAAUAAAACUCCACUUGUCAAUGAAAACUUGAAGAAAUGUCUUAAUACACAGGAUGGAUGCCUGGUGGCCAGCCUUAUCAUAGACUUCCUGCAGGUGUUCCACAUAGACUUCACGCUUGCUGUCUUCCAGCCAGAGAUCAACUCACUAAAUGGCCUGGGCAGCCGUGAGCAGGUGUCCCGUGAUCUGGGUAUCACUGAGACCGAUAUGAAUAGGACCACUCCUCUGCUGCUUGAGCUUGUCAAGAGAGGCAGACACAGGGAGAAGGCCUCCAUCUUCUCAGCGGAACUAUCCCCCAGGCAAAUAGCAGAUGCUCGGCAGAAGUUUGACAGUUAUGACAAGGACAGAACUGAUGGGAUAUGCAAAGAGGAUUUGGAAGCUCUGUUGGGAGAUGUUUUUCCCAACUUCAACAAGAACAUGCUGGAGAGGUUCGUCACCGAUGAGCUCCGAGCUGGAGACAAAGCCUCCACUAGUGACUUCCAAGAGUUUCUGGGCUUGUACAAGCGCUUCUUCAGUCAGUGUCGAAGUGUGAUCACCCAUGACACCAGUGAUGUCAUUCACAAUCCCAGUCGAUAUGUUGAGAAGAUGAGCCCUUCACCGGCGAGUAAGAUCCCCAGGUUUAAAGGACAUAAGAACAGUGCACAGGAGGAGAAGGCUGGCACCAAGGGCGAGAAGGUCAGCCACAGUGACACCAGUCUGAACUUCGUCUCUCUAAAGGGUAAAGGUCAGGGUCAUUUGGUGUCGAGGCACAGUGAGACGUCCGGGAGCAACGGCAACGCCCCCGUGGCGAGCCAGAAGAAGCGUCUUGAGGUGGAGGAGGACGCAGACGAGGGCGACUCGUUCUUUGACGACCCUCUGCCUAAACCACAGAAAACCUAUGGCUGUAGUGUCCCCCUGACUAAGAGUAAGUCAGGGCCCAGUCUGUCUAACAAGAAAAACAGUCAGAAAGACUUCGUCCACUCUCUGAGGGAGGAGAGCCUCUCAGGGCGCUCCUUUACUCCAAUGAGGAGGGACGCUAGCCUCAAUGAGAGAGCAGCAGGUUUGGACAGGGAAGUGGGCAGCAGCACCCUGGCCUCCCUUUUGGACCCGGCCACCCAGUGGAAUGCUGCUGGUGGGUGGUCCCACUCAGGAGAAUCCCACCACAGAGACCUCUCAGGCAGCAGGAACGAUGAUGACGUUGACUAUGAUGAUGACUUUAACAGCCAUCGAUCAGAUAUCUCUAAGAGUGAGGUGAGCAUUGGAGAAGAGAUCGAGGAGGUUUCCGUCAAGGGACCUGACAACAGCAAUAAGUUUGAUGAGAUCACUCAGGACCUCAGUGUAUCUCAGCUCAGCCAGACUCAAGGAGCUGACUAGAUGGAGGAGGUGGCAUGACAGUCCAUCAGCCUUACACCACACAGGCCAUUUCUACUAUGUUAACUAUUAUUUAUGUUGUGUGUACCAGAUGAGGCUGGUGGGAGGAGCUAUGUGAGGAUGGGCUCAUUGUAAUGGUUGCAAUGGAAUCUUUGGAAAGGAGUUAAACAUGGUUUCAUCUGUUUCUAUAUAUUUCAUUAAUUCCAUCCCAGCCAUUACAAUGAGCCCAUCCUCCUAUAGCUCCUCCCACCAGCCUCCUCUGGUGUGUACAUAGUUUGUGUACACAGACCUAAUAAAAUUACCACUUACCCAGAUUGUUCUUGAA